AUGUCUUCGUUAAGCCUAACAGAUAUAGAUUUUGAAUUAAUAGAGAAUUGUAAGGAGCCAAGAAAGUUGCGGCAAAUGCUGCUGCUGCUGCAGCAAGAUGGUGGUUAUUAUAUAGAGCUGCAGCAAGCAGCAGAGAAAAAGUUGCUGCUGCUGACGGGUAAACCCUUAAAUCCUCCACCUAUAACAGAAGAAGAAAGAAAGGCAAUAGAGGAAGAUUUACUUCUAUGGGAACAACAAAUGCUGCAGCAACAAGCAGCAGCAGCAACAGCAGCAGCAGCAGCAGGUAGUCCUGCUGCUGCUGCUGCUCCUGCUGAGGAGGAUGAUGAUGUUGAUGAUACACCCGAGCUUGAAGAUAUUAUACAACAAACAAAAAUUAAACAAAAACAGAAGCCAACAGCACCAGCAGCAGCAGCAGCAGCAGCAGCAACAGCAGCAACAGCAGAAAGCUCCAGCAGCAGCAGCAGCAACGAUAGCAGUAGCAGCAGCAACAAUAGUAGAAGCAGCAACGAUAGCAGCAGCAACAGCAACCGCAGCAAGUGCUGCGUUAGUGAGGAGGAUGGGCCAAAGGAGAGUCACACGAGCAAUACCAAGAGUGCUGCUGCUGCUGCUGCUGCUGCUGCUGAUAAGCGGCAGCAGCAGGAGAGUGCUGCAGCAGCAGCCACUGCUGCUGCUGCAUCUACUGCUGCUGCUGCUGGAGACAACUCAAAUGAACACAGUGACGCCAGCACAGUAGCUGCAGCAGCACAAAGCAACAGCAGCAGCAACAGCAGCAGCAGCAGCGAUAGCAGCAGCAGCAACAGCAGCAGCAGGAAGGAGAUCCAUGUGCAAAUUGUAGAUGACUCAGAGGACGAGACUGAGUGA